AUGGACGGCGCGUCGCGGCGGGCCUGCUCGGGCUCCAGCCGGGGCCGGGGCCGGAGUCGGGGCCGGGGCUUGCUGAUGCUCACCGCGGCUCUGCUGCUGUCCACGGUGGGGCUGCUGUCCGCGCUGCCCGGCGUCACCGAGGCGAAGGAAUGCGACAAAGCCUGCAUGAACGGACAGUGCAACGCCGCCACCGGGAACUGUGUGUGCUUCCCCGGUUGGGUCGGGGACCAAUGCCAGCACUGCGGAGGGCGAUUCAGGCUAACGGGGCCUUCUGGGCAUCUGACCGACGGACCGGGAAACUACAAGUACAAGACCAAGUGCACCUGGCUUAUCGAGGGACAGCCAAACACCAUACUUCGAUUGCGUUUCAACCACUUCGCCACCGAGUGCAGCUGGGAUCAUCUGUACGUCUACGAUGGAGACUCCAUCUACGCCCCCCUCCUGGCUGCGUUCAGUGGUCUGAUUGUCCCUGAACGUUACGGGAAUGAGACGGUUCCAGAGGUGGUGUCUCAGUCGGGUUACGCGCUGCUGCAUUUCUUCAGCGACGCCGCCUACAACCUGACAGGCUUCAACAUCUCCUACAGGGUGAACACGUGUCCCAACAACUGCUCCAACCACGGCGAGUGUCGCGUGGGGAACUCCACCGGUUCCGUGUACUGCGAGUGCGAAGGGAACUGGAAAGGGGAAGCCUGCGACGUCCCGUACUGCCUGGCCAACUGCGGCUACCCGGACCGAGGCCGGUGCCAGGGGAAGGCCUGCGUCUGCAAAAGCGGAUGGCAAGGUCCGGACUGCGCCGUCUCCGUCCCCGCCAACUCCUCGUUCUGGAACCGGGAGGACUACACCGAGGCUGGGCUGGCCCGGGCGUCCCAUAAGGCCGUGGUGGACCAGGGCGUCAUGUGGGUCAUCGGAGGCUACGUCUUCAACGCCUCCGACUACCACAUGGUCAAAGCCUAUAACCUCAGCACCCGGAGGUGGUUGACCCUUGACCCCUCGGUCAACACCGUCACGCCCAGAUAUGGACACUCCCUGGCUCUGCACGAGGGGAAGAUCUACAUGUACGGAGGAAAGAUCGACUCCACUGGAAACGUGUCCAGUCAGCUGUGGGUUUUCCACAUCCAGAACCAGACCUGGGUCCUCCUGAGCCCACGAGCCAAGGACCAGUACGCGGUGGUGGGACACUCCGCCCACAUCGUGCCCCCCCUCCAGGACGGGGCCAGUCCGGUCAUGCUGGUUCUUUUCGGUCACUGUCCUCUGUACGGGUACAUCAGCCAGGUCCAGGAGUACAACAUCGUUAUGAACACGUGGAGCCUGGUGUCCACGGACGGCGCUCUGGUCCAGGGCGGGUACGGACACAGCAGCGUGUUCGACCCCGGUACCAGAGCCAUCUACAUCCACGGAGGAUACAAGGCCUUCAGCGCCAACAAGUACGGCCUGGCUGGAGACCUGUACAAGCUGGACGUGGACAAGAGGAAGUGGACGAUCCUCAGAGACAGCGGCUUCUUCAGGUACCUCCACACGGCGGUGAUCGUGAGCGGCACGAUGCUGGUGUUCGGAGGAAACACCCACAAUGACACGUCCAUGAGCCACGGCGCUAAGUGCUUCUCCUCUGACUUCCUGGCCUACAGUCUGGCGUGUGAUGAGUGGACGGUGCUGCCUCGGCCAGACCUGUACCACGACGUCAACCGCUUCGGGCACUCGGCAGUCUUCAGUGACAGUGUGAUGUAUGUGUUCGGUGGCUUCAACAGCCUGCUGCUCAGUGACGUCCUCAUGUACACCUCUCCAAGCUGCCUGGCCUUCUCCAACCAGGCGUCCUGCCUCCAGGCCUGGCCGGGGAUCCACUGCGUCUGGAACGACACCCAGGGGUCCUGCCUGCCCUGGGAGAUUGGCCCGACGGCGCCGGAGCAGCAGCCGCUUCCCGCCUCCUGCAACACCAGAUCAUAUGCUGAUAAUGAGAGGUGUGACCAGUAUACGGACUGUUACAGCUGCACCGCCAACACCAACGGAUGCCAGUGGUGUUCAGGACACUGCGUCUCCAUGGGAAGCAACUGCACCAACCCUGCAGGGUUCAUAGCGGAGUAUGAAGUUUGUCCAAAAGACAACCCCUCCUACGUGUGCAACAAGAAAACCAGCUGUAAGAGCUGUGCCGUGGACCAGAACUGUCAGUGGGAACCUCGGAACCAGGAGUGCAUCUCUCUGCCAGAGAAUGUUUGCGGUGAAAGCUGGCAUCUGGUGGGGAAUUCCUGCCUGAAAUUCAUCACAGCCAAGGACUCGUACGACAACGCCAAACUGGUCUGCAGGAGCCACAACGCCGUCCUGGCCUCGCUGACCACGCAGAAGAAAGUCGACUUUGUCCUGAAGGAGCUGCAGAUUAUGAGUGUGGUGUAUAAGGCCAUGGUGACGCCGUGGGUGGGGCUGAGGAAGAUCAACGUGUCGUACUGGUGCUGGGAGGACAUGUCUCCGUUCACCAACACCACCCUCCAGUGGCUGCCCGGAGAACCCAGCGACGCCGGCUUCUGUGGAUACCUGGCAGAACCGGCGUCCAGCGGCCUCAAAGCCCAGACCUGCAUUAACCCGGUGAACGGCAGCCUGUGUGAACGGCCAGCUAACCACAGCGCCAAGCAGUGCCGGACGCCGUGCGCCAUGCGGACCACCUGCAGCGAGUGCACCAGCAGCAGCUCCGAGUGCAUGUGGUGCAGCAACAUGAAGCAGUGCGUGGACUCCAACGCCUACGUGGCCUCCUUCCCCUUCGGACAGUGCAUGGAGUGGUACACCAUGAACUCCUGUCCACCUGAGAACUGCUCCGGCUACCGAACAUGUGGCCAGUGCCUGGACCAGCCGGGCUGCGGAUGGUGCACCGACCCCAGCAACACCGGGAAGGGGCAGUGCAUCGAGGGCUCGUACCGGGGGCCCUUCCAGACCUCGGUCCCGGCCCCGUCCACCCUGCCCGGCCUGCCCGCCAGCCCCCAGCCGGCCCUCAACGCCAGCAUGUGUCCCAGCGAAGCCAAGUACAACUGGUCCUUCAUCCACUGCCCAGCUUGUCAGUGCAACGGUCACAGCCAGUGCGUCAACGAGAGCGUGUGCGAGAAGUGCGAAGACCUGACGACCGGUCGACACUGCGAGAGCUGCAUCUCCGGUUUCUAUGGCGACCCGACCAACGGGGGAAGCUGCCAGCCCUGUAAGUGCAACGGCCACGCCAGCAUGUGCAACCCCAGCAACGGCAAGUGCUUCUGCACCACAAAAGGCAUCAAGGGAGAUCGCUGCCACCUGUGUGAAGUGGAGAAUCGUUACCAAGGCAACCCUCUCAAAGGAACAUGCUACUACACUCUCCUCAUCGACUACCAGUUCACCUUCAGCCUGUCGCAGGAGGACGACCGCUACUACGCCGCCAUCAACUUCGUGGCCACACCUGAGGAGCCAAACCGGGAUCUAGACAUGUUCAUAAACGCUUCAAAGAACUUCAACCUGAACAUUACCUGGGCCACCAGCUUCACAGCGGGAACCCAGACGGGCGAGGAGAUCCCAAUCAUCUCCCGGAGCAACAUCAAGGAGUUCAAAGACAGCUUUUCCAACGAGAACUUCGAUUUCCGCAACAGCCCGAACAUCACCUUCUUCGUCUACGUCAGCAACUUCACGUGGCCCAUUAAGAUUCAGAUCGCCUUUUCCCAGCACAGUAACUUCAUGGAUCUGGUGCAGUUCUUUGUCACUUUCUUCAGCUGCUUCCUGUCUCUGCUCCUGGUUGCCGCCGUGGUUUGGAAGAUUAAACAGAGCUGCUGGGCGUCACGGCGACGAGAGCAACUGCUGAGGGAGAUGCAGCAGAUGGCCAGUCGGCCUUUCGCCACCAUCAACGUCGCCUUGGAGACAGACGAGGAACCGCCUGACCUGAUAGGAGGAAACGUCAAGUCCGUCCCAAAGCCCAUCGCCCUGGAGCCGUGCUUCGGGAACAAAGCGGCCGUGCUCUCCAUCUUCGUGCGGUUACCCAGAGGCACCGGCGGCAUCCCACCUCCAGGACAGUCUGGUCUGGCCGUGGCGAGCGCGCUGGUCGACGUCUCCCAGCAGAUGUGCGUGGGAUAUAAGGAAAAGUCUGGAGGUUUGAGGAACCGCAAACAGCAGCCCACCGCACAGCCGUCCACCUGUAUCUGACCAUGCCCCCCUCCUUUCCUCCUCAACACCCCGCCACCCGACGCCCUCCCAUCAGCCCCCUCCCACCUCGGCCCCCUCCGUUCCACCGGCUUUGCUCUGGCAGGGAGCGGUGCAUGCUGGGACGUAGGACUGGGACAGUUUUUACGGGGAGGGGCCGAGGCGUCUUGGCGGACUGAAGCCUCGGCGGGCGUCCCCUCCCCCUCCUCCUACGGGAACUCUGUGUCCCUUUAAACUGAGUGACAGACGCCGGACACGUGGAGGGGGAGGAGCUAGGGGAGGGAGGUGGCUUCAACCAUCCUCUGAAAAACAGCAACAAAAAAAAAAACAUUUUACAUUUGUCCGACACCGCCUCGCUAGAGUCGAGGUGGCCACGGCUUGCUGCUAGAAGAGAUCCUCGUCUCAUAGUUUUUGGAAAAUCCAGAGACUUUGCAACCCAAUGUCUAUGUUCACAUUUUACUUUUUAAGUUAUUGCUCUUUGUUUUGUAUCGUUUGACUUUGAAGGCAACUGAAUAUGUUGAGCUGCACAUGCAAAAACACACACAAAAACAAACAAAAAAA